CUUGUCAAGCUUUUCUUACGUCAAAACAAGAAAUGUAAACCGACAUGGCGGGUUUUCGGGAUUCGGACAAAGCCCUUUUUCCAAUAAAAAAUAUAAACGGUAUACUUCAGUUGUUCAGACACCAGCUGGAAAAUGCCCGGGAGCCAGAUUUGGCUCUUCUGUCCAUCGUCGCCGGAAUUGUUGAGAGCAAACUCACUAGCCGGUCCGCUGCAGCCCUACAGUUGUGUGAGCCCAUUGAACCCAAUAGCUUGCCGGUUCUUGAAAUACAUGAUGUGCAAGUCCUAUAUGAAAAAUUCCACAGCAUUAUGAAAAGCAACAUUGAUCCAAAUAAAUCAAAUUCCCCAGCUACAAGAGAUCUUGUAAAGAGAGUGUCUGAUGUUAUAUGGAACUCACUUACCCGAAGUUAUUACAAAGACAAGGCACACCUGCAAAGCCUUUAUAGUUACUUGACAGGCAGUAAGUUAGAUUGCUUUGGGGUAGCCUUUGCGGUAGUAGCAGGCUGUCAAGCUCUUGGGUAUAAUGAUGUGCACUUAGCAUUAUCGGAAGACCAUGCUUGGGUCGUAUUUGGUGAACAUGGCACUGAAACAGCAGAGGUGACUUGGCAUGGCAAAGGAAAUGAAGAUAAGAGAGGUCAAGAGAUUGGUAAAGGAGUUUCAUCUAGAUCAUGGUUGUAUGUUAAUAACAAACCUGUGGUGUGUACAAGAAAAAUGGAGGUUGCAGCAUUAGUAUCCGCUAUAAAUCCUUCUUUGAAUGCUACACAUGAUGCUUAUGAAGUAUCAUUGCUGCAACAAGAACUAUUAUGGUUGCUUUACGAUCUGGGUCAUCUGAAAAAGUAUCCAAUGGCUAUUGGUAAUCUAGGAGAUUUGGAAGAAAUAAGUCCGAAAGAAGGAAAAGUGCCAUGUAAAGUCUUGUUUGAAGAAGCUAUAUAUUCUGCAAGGAACUAUUAUAAUAACCAGCAUGUGUAUCCAUAUACCUACCAAGGAGGAUACUUCUAUCGUAAUAAGAUGUACAAAGAAGCUUUUGAAAGUUGGGCAAAUGCAAGUGAUGUAAUCAGGCUGUACAAUUAUUCUCGAGACGAUGAGGAAAUCUACAAAGAAUUUCUUGAAAUUGCAAAUGAAUUAAUACCACACAUUAUGAAGGUAGAAAGCUCAGGGUUUAGUGCAAGUUCAAUAUUGAAGAAGCCAGAAUGCUUUGCCAAUCUACUGAGGUUCUAUGAUGGAAUAUGCCAAUGGGAGGAAGGCAGUGCCACUCCUGUAUUGCACAUAGGUUGGGCAAAACCUCUGGUGAACACAAUUUCAAAGUUUGACUCAGAUGUUAGAGCUCAGGUGAAUAUUAUAUGUGAUAAGUUGGAGGAAGAUAAGAUGUCUAAGAAGAAUGGAACUUACUUCAACAACAAUAACUAUGCUAGUUUGAACCAGACGAAUCUGAAAGAAAAGGAUCUGACAAAUUUUCAUCCGAGUAUUGAAGCUCUCACUGCGGCUUGUUCUGAGAAGAUCCUGAACCCAGAAUAUUUGCUGCAAGGAGACGGCUCUCCUUUUGUGGGUGGUGAAAGUUCAUCUGAAAGUCAAGCUGAAACUGAGAAAACUCAACAGCCUGAGACAGACAAUGGCGGUGACUACCUCAUCCCGAACAACACGCCUCCCACCCCACCAGACGACAGCGAACUCGCAUUUUCCGGUAGCCAACCAGGGACCUCCCACCGUCUAGACUCCACCCACCCCUCGACGGAUCAUCCCGAAGAAGAAGACCCAGUGGCCAGAUUCCACUCGCGACCCACCGUAGUACUGCGCAGCCAAAAGAUGAAGCAGCUCAAGGAUCUGCUGCUGGCCGAGAAACUGAAUACGCACGCCAUCUCGUUGCAUCUCACCGCGCAGUCGCAGGUGCAAGUUGGGAAAAAAGGCAGGGGUACGGAGGGGGAUGGAGGCGGGGCGGAGGGUGGAGCUAGGGCGAAGCGAGCAAGGAGAGAAUAGGUAUUUCCCUACAAAUUGAUCAAAUGAAGCAAGAAAGAAAGGAAAAAGGAAUAAUCAGAUGCGUAGCAGGUGUUAGUGGUAGAACAUAAAGAGAUUCAAAGUACUAACACUUGCUUCAGAGCCUAUUACAUUUGAUAACCUUAUUUACCUAAAAGUAAACAUAAACAUGAUUUGUAGGUAGUCUCCCAGUUGAUCUGUCCAGAAAUUGGGGAAAAUGCACAGUGGGCAGGUAGGCAUACUUAAGGAUUGAAAGGGUCAUAGUGUGGUGAUUAGGAGAAACUCAAAGGUAUUCUUAGCUUAGCUUAUCUACAAUUUCGUAGUUUAAACAUGUGAAUUACAAGUCCACGUCUCUUGACACUAUCGAUUCUGUAUCUAUACGAGUACUUUAUGAGUUUUUACCCAAUGCUAUAUUUUGCAGCAGUUUUAUUUGGAAUUCUCCUAAUCUACCAAUCUAGAAUGCAAUCUAUGUUCACAAUCUAACCCUUGCCAUGUUAUUAUAUGUUUAUCUAUACAUUUUUAUUUACGUCAUGUUGAUAUGAAGCAGUAUUAUGUUUUUAUUUUGAAAGAACUGAUGAUUCUCUUUAUAUUUAUUUAAGAAAUAUUUUUUAUAGCUUUUGCUAGAGCGGUUUUAUUCGUAUCUGUAAGUUUUAAAAGAGACUCAAAAAUCGUUACCUUUCAAACAGAACCGAGGAUGACUUCCGAAAUAUUUUGUUAUCAGUGAGCUAGGAUUCAAAGUUCUGAAUAAACAUUAGGUCACUUAAAGCUCUAAGAAUGAAUACCACUAACGGCCGUAUCAUCGGUCCUUCCUACAAUUAUUGUAUUAGAUUUUCACACCUUUUUCUCUCCUUCAGAAAGGCUGGGAUAUUUAUAGAUUUCUAUCGUUCGGUGUGAGCGUCAACGCUCUCCUAUUGUGAGGUUUUGCUUUCUAUGCUAGUAUAGGAAAUUUCUGGCUGAUUGAACAGAUGAUACAAAUCAAGGUCAUGAACAAUUUUAUGCAAAUAUAUAUUUGUAACAUAACCUCAAAAUAGAGCGCUGACACUGAUGGACACGAAAAUCUAUGAACAUCAAGAAGGAUGUGGACAACAAUAAUUGUAGGAAGGACCGACGAUACGGCCCUUAGCUACGUAAAUCUAUAGCAAUACGGGUUAGAAUCUUUUCCAUAAAGGCGACAUCGUACGUCUGGCGUUUUUGUUCGUACUUUAGAGGAUAGACUUACUGGACGUACCCUUGCAAUUCCUUUUACCUCUAAUAGUUUGAACGUUGAGGAUAUUGGCUCGAGUCUAGUUUGAGGUAACGACUAGUCGAUGCACAAUAUGGCAACAAUGUUUUAGGUGAGCUUCGAGUGUUUGCACACAAUAUUAACUAUAGGAUUCCUACACGUUAACACUUAGAUGAGUGCUUCUCACACAAGUCGCAUUAGUUUGUAGCUUUCACGAUUCAAUACAUUCCUCAUGUGAUUAGAUCACAGAAUAUUUAUGUUUAGUUGUUGAUGCAAACUGAUGCAUAUAAAUGAUAUAUGUAUAAUAAGACAGAAGGUCGCAAAAUUGAUUUUUUUGUUGGAAUUGCUUUGUGGACUUCAUAUCCCAUUCUAUCGAAGGCUUGCACGAGCGGUGCGGGUUGCCUACUUUAGGAUUUUUGUCGUAAUUUUUCGUGGCACCUUGUGAAAUAUCCCCGGAAACAACGGAGACGAGAAAGCUGAUUGAUUGGCUAUGCUAGGGGCCAGACGAACCUGCAUCUGUCGUGAACCUAGGCUGAGCAUAUACAGGCGCCAGGUCAUCACCGCACUGAAUAAAUAGGUGUAUACGACCUAGGAAAAGCGCGGCGGAAGAAAGGUGUCGAACAGGUUCGUUGCAGGCUCCGACAAACAUAGGGCGCGCUGGCUACUGGACAAAUUAUAGCUCAAACUUUUGGUGGGGGUUCUCGCCAACCACUGGAGACCGAACACACACUUAUCCUUUUUUAAAGGUCAUGAGAUUCGAUCGGCCUCAUGCGUCAGCGUUCCACUUUCUGGGAUAUUGUUCCGUAUACGAGGGCGGUUCAAUAAGUACCCGUGUUAGAAAUGAAGACACCA